AUGGCAAGAAAGAAAAUAAAGAAGUAGAAAAGCAAGUUUCCUCGUAGUUAAAUGACCAAAAAAGAAUACGAGAACUUUUUAGAUGAGACAAACGAAUAUUGCAAAUUGCUUUAGACUAUACACCCAGGAUUGAUUUAGGAGGAGAAAAAAUUAAUUUCUCAUAAAAUUUAAGAGGACUCAGAUUGA